CGCACGCUGCUGGCUCCAGUCGUCGUCGGCGUCGUCCUGCUCCCUCCCGGCCGCCUAGCUCUGUCUCUCUCUCUCUCUGCUCGGUGCUGCCGCUGGCCCCCUUCUCCCCCCAAGGAAGGAAGCUGCGCAGGAUCCGACCCCACCGUGCCCAGCCCGCCGGGAGACGCCGACGGAGGAUCCGGCAGGUUUGAUCUUCUUGCAGUCCACGGGACUCUCAAGAGUCUCCUCCAGCACCAUAAUUCAAAAGCAUCAAUUCUUCGGCGAUCAGCCUUCUUUAUGGUCCAGCUCUCACUUCCAUACAUCACUACUGGGAAAACCAUAGCUUUAACUAUACGGACCUUUGUCGGCAAGGAGAAUCCUGUUCUGGAACCUGAAGGCUGAAUUUUUGGGAUCCCACAUCUAGGAUCUAGCUCGGCUGUUUCAUAAGGACGGAUUUGUUAAGGUUAGCUCAAGAUGGGAGACCAGAGGCAACGCUCAUUGUCUACGUCUGGGGAAUCAUUGUACCAUGUUCUAGGACUGGACAAGAACGCCACCUCAGAUGAUAUUAAAAAGUCAUACAGGAAACUUGCGUUAAAAUAUCACCCUGAUAAGAACCCAGAUAAUCCAGAAGCUGCAGAGAAAUUUAAAGAAAUCAACAAUGCACACGCGAUAUUAACUGAUGCUACAAAACGAAAUAUUUAUGAUAAGUAUGGCUCCUUGGGUCUGUAUGUAGCAGAGCAGUUUGGAGAGGAGAACGUGAACACGUACUUUGUGCUAUCCAGCUGGUGGGCAAAGGCGCUGUUUGUAUUCUGUGGACUCAUCACGGGCUGCUACUGCUGUUGCUGUCUCUGCUGUUGCUGUAACUGUUGCUGUGGAAAGUGUAAACCGAAACCCCCUGAAGGUGAAGAGCAGGAAUACUAUGUCUCCCCUGAAGACUUGGAGGCACAGCUACAGUCAGAUGAGAGGGACACCUCAGAUACACCUAUUGUGAUACAGCCAGUCUCAGAGACCACCCAGCUCACAGCGGACUCCCACCCCAGCUACCAUACCGAUGGAUUUAACUAAGUUAAGGAAGCACUGUUAACUAGAAUGGAUAAGAAUAAAUAAUAUGGCCAAUCCAGCACUAGAAUCAUGGACAUUAGAUAAUAGAGUACGGGGAAGGGAGACGUCCUGCCACAAGGAGGGCCGCCUCCAACCUGCUGAGAAUAUUUUGUAAUCCCUUCGCCUUUUGUCACCUUCAGUGUCGUAUCUUGAUGAUACAUGGAUGAUACUGUAGCAUGCAGUAUUUAAAGCAGUUUAGCUUUUGGUCUUAUUUUGUUUCCUUUUUUAAAAAAGAAAAAAAAUUAGCAUGUGUGGAGUUUAUGUUAUAAAUGUCUUUGUGUUGUAAUGUAUUGAGGAGUUAUCACAACGAGUGUGAUGGAUACAUUCUGCAUUUUAAGCAGCGAUACCAGCCAAAAAACAAUGAGAGAAUUUAAAUCUGCCACAGAAGCCCCCACACUUCCAUACAGUUGAGCUACGAACGUCACUUGAAGGCAGCUGUUGAUCAUCCACUUGAUAGCAACUAAGAUUUCCAGUAUACCCCGACUGCCCCUUUGCUCCUAACACCCCUGUGUCAAGAGCUAACCUUGAAAAUGGCUGAUGUUGCAUGGAAGGGAUUUUUUUUAAAAGGAAAAAAAUACUCCCUGCACAUCUGUUUCAUCUUCUGAGUGUCAGUGGCUUUAUAGUUAAGAUGUUCUUGUAUAGGAGAGGGCCAAAAUGUGGGUUUUGCUAUAAAACCAGAUGUUACUUGAAUUAUCUCAAAUUAAAGUGCACACUAGUUUUGUUUGAAUUUAAUCAUUCCCCUGCACUAUUUAUGAUCAGUUAUUGCCAUUUUUUUUACUUGUGCAUGAACAUGGAAAACAGAAACUUAUGUAUGCUCUCACUGUCGCGUUUGAAUGAAGUCUAAGCAAAUAAAUAGCCAAGAGCAAAGUUUAGAUUUCUGUUGUUUGAAUAUGCAUUGCUUUUUACAUUUUUACAAGCACCUCUUAAAGAAAACUAAGGCCACUUUACACAUUAUGCAUUCUAGGUAUACGUCUAAGAGUACUUUUAAAAAAUAUCUCUAGUAUAAAUGCUGCAGGUAUACUUAUCAAGGGACAGAGAUUGGCUGUGGCUCCCUUUUGAGUGUUCACUGGGUGGCAAGCUUCAGUUUGCUGCUAUGUGAUGUAGGAAACAGAUCUAAGCUGAUUGGCUCAGCAGACAAAACGCUGCGUUUUGGAGCUGAGACAUCCAAGUAUAGCUACAGCCAUGUGGCUUCCUAGCACAAAUUUGAUUGCCUCUGUUCUACCUUGCUAAAAUGGGAUCAAUAAGUCUGAUCUGCUCUAACCAGUGUGCAGUGCUUUACAAAAUCGAAGCACUGCAUGGUUGUUUAAUUAGUAUUGCUGAAUGGUUGUCAAAUAACUAAUCACAUCUGUUUCCUUGUAUGUGGACCCGUGAAAUGAUUUGCACGUGUUCUUUUUAAAGAUAAUGUUUAUUUCGUUUGGGGUUUCCCUUACUUCCCUUCAUUGAUAACUUUGUGAUGGAUAUUCUGGAACGGUUUCCCUCUCUACGGUGGAAUAAAAAUUAUGAAUGGAAAUUGUGUGUGUGUGUGUGUGUGUGUGUGUGUGUGUGUGAAUGUGGUGGGUAUCAUGAGGCUUCAUUAGGUAUCUUAGCAUCUUCUCUGCUAUUGUUUGUUCAGUCUCAUUUUAGAAAAUGUUCGAUCCACUUAAAAAAUGUGUCACCCAGAGACACUGAUGCUUUAGAGUUUCAGAGCUCAGAUCAGUCUUCCUUCUGUUCCCUUUCUCUCUCCCCCCCCCCAAUUUUGUCUCUCCUCCUCCUCCUUUUUGGAAUUAACUGUGGCUGUCUCUAUGUACACACCAUUCUGAGGUGGUACCAUUUCAGAUUGCAAGUGGGAGAUGCCAAUAUGAAUAUUCCCCAGGGCAUGUGGAGAAAAGCAAAGUCAAUGCAAAUAGAAAAAUUAACACACAAGGAAAAGUGAGUCUCAUUCAGCCCUUUGCCUGUUGGACAAGUUUAUUGGGGAGCAUUGUAGAAAUGUCUUCCCUUGUCUGCAGUCUGAAAUAGUGCAGUUGGGCUCUGCCAGCACCUCCUCAGCAUCCCACAGUCUCGUAAUGCAGAUUGUGUGGGAUGAGGCCUGACUUUGUUCUACAUGUGUUCUGCUUCCCCACAAGCAGGGUUUGCUUUCUUUGCAGGACUUCGUCUUCCCUACACCUGACCUGAAAUCUGUACUAAAGGAAAGAUCUUUGAAAGCUUCUUAACCAUAUGGACCAAAAGAGUCUUUUGAAAGCCAAGCCAGCUCUUUUCUUUCCUCCCCUGCCCUCUCCAGUCUUCUUCAAAGGUGCCCAAUAUGACAUGUUCUCUUUACUUAGGCUAGGCAGAAGGGCAGUUCUUUACAUUUGGAUGAGCUAACACAUUACUAACACUCGUUUUGAUAUUACACCCUUAGUUUUCGGAUAAAUACUCUGGACAGCUCAGUACUUUAAUAUUCCUUGAAUCCAUCUGCAUGAUUCAAAGUUAAUAUAUUUCAGACUUGUAUCUCUAGGCAAAAACAGGCUUAUCAUGCAUUCCUAAUGCCUGCCACUGGAUUUUACUCAACGUCCCACACACAGAGAUUUACAUAUCUAGACUUGAAAGCCUCAUCCAUCUUGUUGAGGGUUACAUGGAGGGUAUAAUAUGGAGAAUUUAUAGGUGACAGAGUUCUUUGCCUAAAAGUAAAGAAUGAUCUCAGCUGCGCUCCUGCUGCCCGGCUUCAGUCUUGAUUUUAACAUAACUAAAAUUGACCAUGUUGGACUGAUUUCAUGACCUAACAACAUUGGCGCUCCAGAGCAAAGCAUCUAGUGAAGAACUUGGGCCAUGAUCCGGUUAUUACAAACAUGUAAUAACCCCUAAACAGUUUGCUGCCACUGGAAACAAGCUGCUUCAAUCUCUAGCAUAGUUAAUUGUUUUAAUACAGUUUCAAGGCACUUUCCCCCUCCCUUCUCCUUCUCAGUCUUGGAGUUCAGAGUAUUGCUAUUUGUGUUGAUUUAAAGUAGAUCAAUUUAUUAAUCAUUUUGCUGUUGGGCAAUGAUUUCCAUAAUCAUUCCAGUAGCAAUUUGGGUGUAAAGCUGUAGUACUUCCUGUGUUUUCUUAGGCCACUGUGUCCUUUAGAUUUGCAUCCAUCUGAAGCUUGUUCUAAAUAUCCAUUAACUGCUAAGCUAAAAUGCCAGGAUGAAGGUGCUUCACAUAGUCUUAAAACACAGUCUCUGCUCUCUGCUCCUAACCUUGUGUUGCUGCACACAGGGAACAGGGGCUCUUUCAAAGUCUGCUUGCUGUUUGAUCUAAAGGAAAGUUUCUAAUUCUAAUUUCUAAUAGCUCUAUCUUCAACUAAAAUUCAGCAAACAAAGCUGAAAAUUAUUUGAGAGGAGUUUCACCUUCCAUUGCAUUUGUGUGCUUGCUGUAAGUCUUCUUGUUUCUGCCUCUGGACAAACAGGACUUGAGGGUUUUUGAGACCAUACCAAAGUCAUUUAAUAGAAGGUGAGAGUGGGGAGUGAGCAUACAUGAUGCUGAGUGUGAGCCACCUUUCAAGCUACCUUUAAAAUUUCUGGAACAAAACCCACAUCCAUCUAUCUUCAGUCUUAUUUAUCAAGUCCACUACCUCAUCCCCUUACAGCAGUUUUCCUUUAGACUGCCAUGGCUCACCCUUUUUCAUUUUUUUCAAACUCAUAUUAUGUUGUUAGAAGACUUGCAGAAGGUUGUCCAUUAGUCCCAUUUAGCUGUGUCAAAACCAGUGGAUCCAGCCAAUUAAAGUGAGUUCCACGCGGCUUUGUGAUAGGCAUAUAUAAUGCCCCAAGCCCAGAAGUACCUGCUUCGCUUUGCAUGGUGGCCAAACCACACCCUAGCUCUGGCUCUUUGGCUCAAUUCAGCUCCCAGGGACUUGAAUAUUCAUUUGGAGCUAGUGAGAAUGAAGAGAGAAAUGAAAAAUGGGCAAUGAACUUUUCAAAAGUCCAUUGGCACUGGCUUACAUGAAGAACGUUCACUGCCAAUGCAUAUGAAACUUUUGCACCAUUUUUCUAUGCUUAAAUGUGUUGCCAGCAAAUUAAAUUAGUGUGUUCAUUUUUACUUUAAGUGAUGCUAGCUUUCCCAAGCAUCUUCAUGAGCCUGCCCAUUUUGCUCUCAGAUUGUAUUCGGGGAGCUGGCUGUGUUAGCAACUCCUAACAUAACAUGUUCAUACUGCCCAGUCGUCAGACUACUUGUGCAGAGUCAGGGAGGAUCUGUCCAGCUUCCUGUGGUACGGAAAGAGCUUUGAGGGCUGCCGUUUUGAUUACCUGGGAGAUGCAAUUUGGGGCUAAUGCAACCUGAGGAAGGUUGGUAGUUUGCUGGUUGGACUUCCAAGCUUCUUACUAAAUCAUGCCAAGCCACAGGCUUGCAUCCGGAAACUUGCUUUGAGCGCUGAUUCUACACCCCUUUCCCAACACAGGAGUGACCCUGGAAGGCUUUCCCGUGUCUGAAAAUGUAUCAUGGAUGCACUGAUUAGAUAUAACUGCCGUGGAGAAGGCACACUGUUCUCAGAGUUACUAAGAACCAGAUGUUACGUUUUCAGACACCAAAGUGCCAAGUCCUGAUGUGUUCAGGAAAAGUGUCGCUUGGGAAACUGGUCUUAAUUUGUUCUACAUUCCAGAUGAGCUCCAAAUCCCCUCAGCAGCAGCUGCUGUUGAAGUGAUAAAAAAUAAAAAUAAAAGAAGUUGUUUGGUGCAAUGAGCAAUGCAGUCAUCCUUUGUUUGGAGAGCCAGGGGGCAUUGUACCUACGAAUGCUAAAUAAAUUUCACAGGCUGUGUAUGUAUGAAUCUGUUGUUUUUAUCUGUAUAUACAUGUAUAUAUAAAACAUUUACGUAAACAUCCUUGCAGCACUUGUGGGUAGAUUUCUGCCAUUUCUGAUGUUACCAAGAGCUUUUUUCUUUCAGCUUAGUAACUUCCAAAAAUUGAUUCUCUCCACCCCCCCUUUUCUUAUAGCCCUCGUAGUAGUCAAUAAAAAGUGAUGCUCCAUAACAUUUCAUUGUGUAGUGACCUAUUAGAAGAGCACCCCUCCCAAGCUUAUUCAAUGGCAGAGUUUCACAUUAUGUUCUCAGUGGUGGGGUGGUGUUGCUGGGUGGAGUGGGGUCUGCUGUUCAAUCAGCAACCUUUGUGGCAGUUUUUACCUACGUUACAGGUGGAGGUGGGCACUGUGCCCUGAUUCUAGGAGCCUCCUGCAGCAAUUGGGGCUCCUGCAAACAAACACAUCAAGAACGGACAGCAAAUGCAUGUUGGCUUGAUUCAAAGAGAAGGCAGCAAUAUCCUGAGAGGCAAAGAGUUGUUUCUGGUAUGGUUGUCAUGGGUUGAAGUGGGGAAAAGGUGGCUUCUGAAAUAGUUUCAGGGCAUGGCUAAAAAUUAGAUGCCUCUAAGCUGUUUCAGGAGGCAGCGUAUUUAACAAAGUGGGGCAUAGCAUGGGAAAUCGUAGGAUGAGUGCUUGCAUUGCCAUGGUUCUUUUCUGCUGGUAAUUCAGCUUUGACUGUUAAGGAGAUGAGUCGAUGUGAUUGUCUAAAGCAGGAGUUGGCAACCUGCGGACCAUGGGCCACAAGUGGCCCACAGGGUCGUUUAAAUGGCCCACGAGCCGCCCCUGAGUCCCCGCGCGCUGUGCUAAACUGGCGCAGCACGGAGCGAGGACUUGCUUCCGUGGUGCCAGAAAUCACGUCUGCACAGACGCAAACACCGGAAAACGCACCUGUGCAUACGCAGACACUGGAAAUCACAUCUGCGCAGACGUGAUCCGGCCUACGGAGCAAUCUCCACGGGAGUGAACUGGCCCAGGCAAUGUAAACCUUGCCAACCCCUGGUCUAAAGACCCCAAAACUAGGCAUGGCAGAGACAGCCUCCCCCCCCUUCCCUGUUGGAGGAGGAAGACAGGGACCCUUCCUGUCUUUCCAUUGUUUCUUUACCUCUUCCCGCAGUCCCAAUGCCUAAUUAUUAGACUCUAAUCUGCAGGCCAACAAUAACACUUGACAUUUGAUUUUUGGUAUUUCGCUGGAGGCAAACCAACCCAAAUUGUUUAAUUGCACAGCGCAAGACCUGCAGCUUAUUUCCGUUUCGAUGUUUUGACUCGGCGAUCUUGUUUUACUUUUUGGUACGCCUGUGUGUUGUGUGUCAAUGGGUGGGCUGUGUGUGUAUGUAAUGAACCUGGAGAUUUGCCAAGCUGCAAAAGCUGUAGAAGUUGCGUUUUCCACAUUAGUUGUGUGGGUGUAUGUGUGUGUUGCGUCGUUCAGCUACUGCUGGUGUUCUAUUAAUUUUUGUAUCAUCAUCUCCUGCUGCUGCCCCUUCUCCUCUAUUGGGGAACAUGGUGUGUGUUUUUUGUUUUGUGUAGCUAUCGCUCUAUUCAAGGCAGCCACUUCUUGCAUAUGAGUUAAAAAAAAGUUCGGAUGAGCUGUGGCCCAGCCAGCCAUUGCUCCUUUCAUGCCGUUCCUUUCAGUGAAGGUUUGCAAGCCCCAUUGAAAUGAACCAUGGCUCCAGAAAGCAAAGUUUGGUAGAUUCCAUCAUUCACUUAACUGUUGAUUUUUUAGUAAGAUUUAUUGUGGCCUCUCCUGAAGUCUCUGUGACCUGAUGAAGAUGUAUCAAGAGUCCCAUAUUGCACUUGUACUUGCUGGAGAAAAGGGGAAAUCCAGAUUUUUUUUUUAAUUAAGAAAAAUGUUAGUUGUAAAGAACAAUCAGAAAGUAUAAAUGCAUUUGAAAAGCAAUUAUAUAUAUAUACAUAUACAUAGAAAAUAUAUAUAUAUAUUUUGUUAUGUUACUUAAAGGGUCAUCCUUUAAAUUGUAUGUAAGUAGCUGUGGCUGUCCGAAGUUUGUGGAUUGUUAACACUCGCAAAUACUGAGCUCCUGUACAUACCUACAGUUCAAGCAGAAGGAAUUUAUUUUAUGUUUUAGCAUGUAAUUUAUGUAUUGUAUGUCUGAAUAGGAACAUAAAAUUGAAAAAAUAAAGACUGCUAAAUUAUCAGAAA